AUGAUUCAAGUCCUGGCAGUUGUGCCUGGUGUUGUGUACUGUAUUCUUGGACUUUUAUUUUUCCCUAAUGCUGCUGUAGCAGGAGCAAGCGGAUGGGUAUUCUCAUUUCUGGGGUACUUUGCUUACCAAGAUUACCGUCGUACUCCAUUGUUCAAUUUAUCAGCCACACAUGCCAUUCCUACUUGGUCAACACCAUUAGUUCCUUUAGUCAUGUUGGCCAUUUUUCUGCCAGGAUCAAGCUUUCUAGGCCAUCUAUUGGGUUUACUAGCCGGUUGGGCAAUGGCAUUGGGUUAUUUGGACCCACUGAUUGAGCCAUCUACCAAAGUAGUCGAGUGGAUUGAGGUUAAGCUUGCUAGAGCCAUUGCACUUAUCCCGUCUCAGUUUCACUUUAUUGGUGAGGUUAGUGCCCGGGAGUCUCGUGCUCUAGCUCGUUCUGACCCUCUCCCAACCACUGAAACCCCUGUCGCUGCUACUGCAGGAGCAGGUACUCAGUCGUUUUCUGGUCCCGGUCAUGUUCUCGGCCAGUAA